UCAUGUUCUUCUCCCCCCCGGCAAUCAUUGGCUUGGCUCCCCUCGGCCCGUCCCCAUUUUCAAUCCCACCGGUUUCCCUAUUCAAUUCCAUUUGUUUUUGUUGCCCGCUUUGAUCGAACGGCGGCGCAUUGCGGCAAAGAUAGAUUCAUGAAUGUAGACGAAGGGGAAAGAAUCGAAGAACUAAUAAGAUAAAAUGGGGGGAAAUCUGCUGCGUCGGCGCAGUGUCGCUAUCCCAACGAAUUGUCGCCUCCGGUUCAAUCAUUGGGAGAUCCAUCCGGUUCUAGUUCUGGGGUCACACAAGCCCACACUCAAGAGCCGCCGGAUAAAGCUGGGGAUUUUCUUGGCUGUUUUGUUUUCACCUGCAACGGCCGCGCCAAGCCCGCGUUUUUUAGCAUCCUCCGCUCCGCUUUCCGCUGAUGCCUACAGCUCAACCCGGCCAGUUUAUGUAUAUAUACAGGCAAUGUUUAUUUGCUGCGGGUUUCCAAUUCCGAUCCGCCCCACCGGUGAGUGUAUUCUCCUUCACUUUUCUUGUGGGCGCUCCCCUCCCCAUUCCUCCCUCCCCAAAACCUCACAGCUCAUCUCGCCCACAAUCACUUGCCAGUACAGCGAUAGACCCACCUGAGGAGAGUAGGAGGAGGACGCAGAGGAGGAAAAAGACGGGGCAGAGUCAAGAAUCGGUGGAACAAGUUUUGCUGUCUGCAGAAUGGAUUCAGCAUUUGAUGCUGGUGCUGCGCUUGGACGGGAAUGAUGCCACGAGGCCUGGGCGAUCUGCAGGUUUCCGAUCUGCAGACUUCAUCACUGCGGCUACAAAGAUUAUUGCCCUAUUCUGGGAGGAUAUCCAGUAAUAGAUGUCAGGACUUCUUGCAGCAGCUCUAGGAGGUGCUGUAGGAGGCUUGACACUACUAUGUAUUGUCACAGUUGUAAUUGUACUUUGCCUGCAGUAUCGCAGAAGAACUUCAGACUCUUCAGAAAGUGGCUCAUCAGGUCAAGCUCUACCAGAGUUGCAGGGAGCAAGAUGUCUGACUUUGGAGGAACUAAAUUUGGCUACAAGGAAUUUCAGCAAUGCAAAUCUUAUUGGACAGGGAAUGUUUGGAGAGGUAUACAAGGGUUUGCUCCAGGAUGGCACGAUUGUAGCUGUUAAAAGACGGCAUGCUCCUCCUAGCCAGGAAUUCGUUCAAGAGGUUAAUUACCUAUCAUCUCUCCAGCAUCGGAACCUUGUAAAACUUUUGGGGUACUGCCAGGAGAAUGUUGUGCAGAUGCUUGUUUAUGAGUAUAUCCCCAAUGGCAGUGUCUCAACACAUUUGCAUGGUUACAGCCACGCUCCAGGUGUAAGGCUAGAAUUCAAGCAUAGACUUUCUAUAGCUCAUGGAGCUGCUAAAGGCCUGAGCCACCUGCAUUCGCUGACGCCCCCUGCGAUCCAUAUGAACUUCAAAACUUCUAAUGUACUUGUGGAUGAGGAUUUCAUACCAAAAGUUGCGGAUACUGGGAUUCCAGGCUUGCUUGAUCGACUCGGUGUUACAGGACUAUCUUCCAGAACACCUAAUGAUCCAUUUGUUGAUCCUCGAAUGAGGGAAUCCAUGAACUUGAACUUUUCCAUACAAAGCGAUGUUUACAGUUUUGGUGUGUUCCUUGUGGAGUUGGUGAGCGGACGGAGAGCCGUGUCUGAUCAAAACAUCAUUCAAUGGGUGCAGAACUUCCAGGAAUCAAGUGAUAUCUCUGCAAUUGCAGACAACAGAAUGACCAGUAGUUUCACCUCUGAAAGCAUGAAAGAAUUGCUGCGCUUGGCAUCGUGGUGCGUGAACCCAAUGAGUGAGCAGCGUCCGUCGAUGAGCCUGGUGGAGGCUGAAAUACACCGGAUUCGGGAGCAGGAGAUCAGCUUGACGACAGUCAUGACAGGACGCACCCCAACUGUGACUCUAGGCAGUCAGCUCUUCAGAACAUCAAGGUGAAGGAACGGAAUGCCUAGCAUCUUGUAGCAAAGCUAGUUCUCUCACCAGGGCAGUAGAUUAGCCUUGUUCUCUUCCAAAAGAUUUCCCUUGUCUUCAUAGCGAGUCAGCUGCAUCUCAAGUGUACAAAAAAGGAACAGCUGCAAGGCUUACCUUUUUUUUUUCUUACCCUGGUGGUUUCUUUUUCGUUCUUCCCUUUUUUUCUCCUGCAAAGGUUUUAAGGAAGAAUGACAUUUCUUUUUGUUGAAUAAUAAUAAGAUUGGGUGGGUGGUGGCAAACAGGCAGUUCUAAAUGUUCAGUUA